AUGUGUUGAAAUGCAAACAUAUGUUUUCUGUAUUGAGAUCCGGCGAUUCGUACAACUGGGAUGCUUUAGGCUCAAGCGUCCGAGAAUCACCCUUUUUGAAUGUCGACUACGCAAAUGCAGGCAAUAGAAUGUGUCCGCUUCUAUAUCAAAGAAACAUUUCUGGAGGAAAUUGAAAGUGAGCCAUACAUGUCCACACUUCGGAAAGUGAGUGGUCUUCAAGACCAGCAGCUGGUAACAAUGCUCAGUCAAGAUAAACAUCUGGUGGAAGUCUACGUGGAAGAUGUCUUGCUACGCGAGGCUUUGGCAGCUAUAUUCCAAGCGUAUACAGGGGACACGUAUGAAAAUGCCAACGCUGAAUGUUGUUCCGUUCUUGAUAGUUCAAGAUUAAGAGCAAUGCGCGCUGCCUGUGCGAUUGGUGCAGCCAAAAAGGAUACACUGAACAAGAAAUACCAACACCUUGUCGGGAAGUGAUGUGAUCGAACUUUUUGCAUAUUGUUAUUUGUUUUACAUAUCGAGAUGUGACAGUCAGGAUUACCAUAGACCUUAAAAAGUGCUUGUAAAUCAAGAAAUUGGCUUGAAAAGUGCGUAGAAAGUGCUUAAAUUUGGCAUGAAAGUGCUUGAAAAUGAAAUAAUCCCAAUUAAAAGUGCUUAAACCAUAUUUAAUCUUUUAAAAUAUUCUUUCCAAGCUUUCCGCUUAUUUCAUCCGAUGAUAUUGAUCGCUCCUCCUUUAUGAGGAGAUACCCACUGUUUGUUUACAGUCUUUCUGGUUCGGGUUUUGACUGGAAUUAUGCAGCUGAUGCUUCACAAUUAAAUAAGCACAACUAUGCUUAACUACAUGUUUUUAUUGUUAUGUAUGUAUACAAAUAUAUUUGUAAGAAUUGCAAUAAAAAGUACUUCAAGAAAUUUUACAGUUGCAAAUAGGAAAAUUGCUGGAAUUUCACUUUUUUAACAUUGAAAAGUGCGUGAAAAAUGCUUGAAUUUAAAUUAAUGGUGCUCUGUACUUCCUUAAAAGAUAGUCUCUGAACCACAUUCCAGUCAGUUUAUGUGAAUUAUUUGAUUUCUUUGCUUCUUGUU